AUGAGUGAAUCAGCAGAGGCUUUGGCCGCCAACCUCACCAGCCGAAGAAACGUCACCAUCGAGAUCACCAACCUCACCAAUAACUACUGCUUAGUGGACCCCAAGGUUUAUCUGGAGAGUGGCAACUGCCACAGCCCACCCCAACCCACCGUGCGCCCACUGAAAACCGAAGUGUGCAACUUCAGCAAGACCAGCGCCAAGACCUCUGGCGCGGUGGGCGUCCUGACCUACGACCUGUUUGAGAAGCACACCAACUGCGCCAAGGAGACGAUAGCCAUAAUGUUCUCCGUGCCCUACGACUACAACAUGUACAAGAACUGGCUGGCGGUGGGAAUCUACAGAGAGGGCAAAGAGUGCAACGAGGCGCUGUACAAAGAGAUGUAUUACAACAAAAAACAGGAGGGAUUUGUACGGGAGGAGGCCAACGGCUCUGGGAUCACGUAUGAGGGCGCCAGCCUGGACAUCAAGGCCACCAUGUCCCCGAUGGGCAGGGCCAUCUUGAAAGUGGAGGUGUGGGACAAGCUCUUCUCGCCCCAGAUGCACCAACAAUACUGA